AUGACUAAUUUGAUAUUUGGAGUUGGUAUAGGAUUAUUCCUUAUUUUAGUUCUUUGGGCUUUAGCUCUAUUGAUAUUUAUUAUUUCUUUAAGAAUUGAAAAAAAAAUUGGUAUUAUUGCUAUAUUUAUAGUUAGUAUAUGCACAAUUAUUUUAAUUACAUUGCCAAGAGCAUCAGGAAAAUCUAUUAUAAGUAAUAAAAAGAUAUAUGAUCAUUUAUUUAUUUGGCGCAUUUUAUUACUCAUUUUAUUAAUAAUAUCAUCUAUAAUUGGUUUAAUGGGAUACAUUAAAUUUGUAAUAACAGAAUCUAUCAGACCAAUUCGAAUUAUUAAUUGGGUUUUCUAAAAAUUUAUCGUACCCAAUGCUGCCAUCCAGAUCUACCACCUUGUUGCCUCAUUCUUUCAUCUGGCCAAAUUACAUCUAUGCGACGACCCAAAUUAAUAGCAUCAUAUACUUGAUUAGGAUCUAUAAUCUAAUAAUGAAAAAAUAAAAUAAUUUUUAAUAAAUUUUUAAUAAAAAAGAUA